UUAAAAGCGGCAAAGAUUAUGCGCUCUUUACAUUCAUAAUAAUAAAUAAACUUCUUUAGUUUAAAUAAUUAGUAGUUAUUAUUCCAUAGUUGCUUCCCGCUGUCUAUCGAGUAGAGCGCGACGUAGAGUCGAUACUAUACAAAUAAUUUCUUAGAAAUGGAAGAACCAAUAAUUAACAAAUUAGAGAAAGCUGCACAAGUUAUUUUAGCACCACCCAACUUAUUUACAUUAGAACAACGACAAUCUGCAGAUGAAGUUUUUUUAAAUUUUCGAAAAACUAAGUCUCCAUAUCAGCUUUGUCAGCAAAUUUUAGAAACAAAUACAAAUGACUAUAUUCUUUUUGAGGCAGCUGGUCUUUUAAAAAUAGCAUUGGUAGAAGAAUGGUCAAGUUUAAACAAACAAGAUAUCUAUUCCUUAAGACAGUAUCUUUUGCACUAUGUAAUUAACAAACCACAUUUGGCCACAUAUAUUAAAGGAAAAAUAUUGCAAGUUAUUGCAAUUAUAAUUAAAAGAAACAGAUUUACUGAUUCUGGGCAAGAACAGCAACAAUUUUUAGACGAAGUAGAAGAACUAAUAAUGACUGGAGAUUUAUCAAGAAAAGUUUUAGGCUGUAAUCUCAUAUCAGCAGUAUUGCAAGAAUAUAAACUUGAUGGAAAAACUUCAAAUGUUGGGUACUCAAUGGAAACUCACUAUGCUGAAAAAGAAGCAUUUGAAAAAGAAACUAUAAAACGAAUUUUCAAGUUUAGCCUUGGAAUACUUGAUGAAUUGAUUAAGAAGGAUGAGCAAGAUGAUACUCUGGCAUUUCUCAAACAUUUACUUCCAAUUUUAGAAACGAUAUGUACUUGGCAGAUAAUAAGUACAAAUCCUAUUUUUAAAUUAUUUCAUAUUAUGUAUGCAGAUCAUACAGAUCUUCUACAUGAACAAUUAAGAUUGGAUGAAAGCUGGCAGGAUGUAAUAUUACCUCCUGCUGUACAGGAUUUAUUUUUUACUUUGUAUUGGAAAAUCCGAGGCAACCCACAGUUAGCUCAUUUAGCAAGGAUUUGUUUAGUUCAGUUGGGGACCUUAGAUGGUUUAGUAUUUUCAUCUAAAGAAAUGAAAAUACAAUACUUCUCCAAUUAUACUCGGAGAUUUUUGGAAUUUAUUACAAAUAUUGAAAUUAUUGACCAAGAAGCGCCUGGAAUUGCUCAGAUUGUAAAGGAUUUGACUAAAUUUAUUAGUACUAAUUUUACAGCUUUACCUGAAGAUGUGGUGAAAGCAUUUAUGGAACAGUUAUGUAGAUUAACCUGUCUAUAUGUGGAAAAUUCAGCACAAGAAGAAUUUUUGUGUGCAAAUGAAUGCUUAUACUCGGAGGGUUUGGAUAUCUUGUUUGGAAUAUGGAUAGAUAUUUUGUCAAGAACUAGAAUGAGUGAAAAAAUGAUUCCUUAUGAAUUUUGCAAUCAAAGUUCUAUGCAAAUAUUUAAUGUGUAUGUUCAGUGUCACUUAUGUCCACCAGAAGGUAUAAGAAAUCUAGAAGAGAAAGACCUUAACAAACAGGAAGAUGAAACUGAGAAUGAUGAUAAAAUUAGAUUUAAGGAGCAAUUGCAAAUGAUUGGUUGUUUUGGAAGACAAAUAUUAGAUCACUCUCUUUCACUAUUGUCACAUUUGAUAAAAGACCGUACGUCGAAAUUACGGGAAGUUCUAAACAAAUUAGUAGGACAGACUGAAUCCUUAAGUACAUUAAACAAUUCUUAUACAUUUAAAUUAUAUGAAGAUAUACACUGGCUGCUACUCAUAUCGGGCCAUGUACUUUGCAUGGAAUCUAGUGGUGAAAUUCCUUCAAUACCUACAGAAAUAAAGGAUUAUUGUAUAGAACAGGCAAAUAAAGGAAAAAUCGAUAUAAAUCUUAUAUCACAAUUUUUAGUAGCAUCAGAGAAUUGUUCUUCAGACGUUAAUGUUGCUGCGACGUCAGUGGAUAAUGUUAUACACGUUAUCACAGAUAUUUUUCGUCUGUGCGCUAUAGAAAAAACUGCAAUACUUGUCCGUUUAGACAGUAUUCUAAGCCCUGUAUUGAGCUGUACUAUACUAUGGUUUUUGAACAGAUGGUCACUCAGUUAUCUUUUUGAAAUAUCUAUAAGAGAACAUACAUUCUUAGAUGUAUUUCAAAAAGGUAGUUCUGGUGCAUUGUGGGCUAUAAACUUUCUUUUAGAAAAAAUUGAAUAUAGUAUCAAUGUUUUCAAAAGCGAGGCUUCAAUAAUGCAGGAAACUAUAAAAUUAUUAAUGUCUCUUGUUGUUUCACACAAAAAAGCAACAGAAAUAUUGAAAUCUGAACGAUUUAAGCCUAUUUGGAAAAUGGCAGUGAAGGGACAAUACCAUCAAGUAGACUUUCCAUCAGAUGUUAAGAAGGGAUUAAUAAAAGCAGUGAUUGUAUGUAUAUUCAUAGUUACAGAUAUAGAGGAAGAAGAGGCUUACUGGCGACAGACUUUAUUACAACCACUUCAAGACAGGUAUAUAAAAAUUACCUCGGAUGAAAAGUUUUUAAAGUCCUACCAGCAAGAAGGAACUAAAUUUGAAAUUAUAGAUAUUUUAGAACGUUUUAUUGGAGUUGCACAGGGAUCUCAACAUAAAAUCACAUCGUUUUCUUCACAUCGAAUUAAGAUUUUAAUUCGAUAUAUGUAUCCAAUACUAGAGAAACUUCCUAAUUUACUGUCUUUGUAUCAUAAUUAUCAGCAAAUAGUACAACUAAUUUUGGAAUUGCUAUCAGAAUGCUCAAAAGUAAUAGUUCCUCAUUACCUGUCUGAGGCUGAAGAAUCGCAGAUAUAUGAAAUAUUCUUGAACACAAUGAAAAGUUAUAUGCGUCACAAUAAUAAUAGAUUUGAAAUCAAUCUAAAUGAGGAAGGCAAUUACCAAGAUAUACAAUUUAUAAUGGAAAUGUUAUAUGAUUUGUCACAGAGUACUAACAGGCCGAAAUUGCUCGUAGAUGUUUUUUUAUGUGGUCUGAAUAUAAUUAUGCCUAUAGUGACUAUAAACUUGUUACAAUUUCCAAUAUUAUGUUCACUCUACUAUAGAAUGAUACUAUGUUUUUGUGGAAAUUUCCCUGACAAAGCAUGUAAUUUACCCCCCGAAUUGAUGCGACCGAUUUUAGAAUCUUUAGAAUGGGGUUUGUUUGUCACUAUAAACCAAAUAUCUCAAUUGUGUUUCGAAAUAAUUUCCCGUUUAGCAGAACACAUAUAUUCACAUCACACGCAAAAUCAAAUGCUAGUACCAUUUUUAAAGUUGCUGAUGACUGCACUUUUCUCACAACAAAUUGAUGAAGAUUUCGUACCGUCAGCAUGCAAUCCACUUUAUUAUUUGAUACUCUGUUAUCAAGAGGAAUAUAAGCAGCUUGUUCAAAACAUUUUAGCUGCUCAGACAGAUCAACAAAUUGUACAUAGACUGGCAGAUGCUUUUACAAAACUUACGACUGAUCCAAGGACUUUGAAUUACGAAGAAAUUAUCAUUAAUGUAAGAUUAAUUUUAAUGGUGAAAUAAAAUGAAUUGAAAAACAA